CGUCAUGUACCCUCAGUAAGCGAUCGACAAUAAACCGGCAACAAGUGGUUCGUAACACCAAGUGCUUUACUACGAAUGGAUUGUUAACAAAGAACAAAACCAUUUUACAAAAUAAAAAGUGAAUGUGUGCAAUAUUUACAGCAUCCGGGAGGAUUUCGCGUCAUAACGAUUAAUGGUGUACCCUUCACAAGUCGAGCUUAGGGUGUGAAACACCGAGAUUCCUCCACGAGUGCAUAAGUGCAGGACUUGACAUGAAAUAGUGUCCUUCUAUUAUUUCAACAGAAAUGGACGCCGAUAGCAGCUACGGCGGCAGCGAUACUGCUCAGGACUCCCAUUCCGGCCAUGAUAACAGUUCUUCGCUCGAAACCACCCACAAUGAUGCCACACAGCAGCAAGAACCUAACAAUUUCUACCACAAGAACGAGAUCACCCUUCCAGUCAACUAUGAUGAAACAGACUUCCAGGAGAACAAGCCCCCGAAACAGGCGCAUUACCUGUCGACGGCCAAUCUCAACAUUAAUGACACGUUGGAGCACCACAGUAAUUUAGAGGAGAUGAGCAAGAAUUACAAGAGCACGAGUUAUUUGAACGAAUCGCCGAGGAUACGGAAAAAAUCCGAAGCGGGAGUCGAUAAUCCCGCUUUCCAGGAAGAAGAGUACAAACCGGAAGUCAAGUCGACUUUCGAUAAUAACAAGCCAUACAAUGGAGACUUGAACUCAUCGGCGAUGUUCACGUCGCCAACCAAAACUGAGGAACCUUUGACUGAAGCUGUUAAUCUAGAGUUAAUCAAUUUGAAACCUGCGGGGAAGGAUGUGACAGGUGCUUACGAAAAUGGUACGAACGGGAUGACUAGCAUUCCAGUUAAGAAGGAAAACGAUGCCGAAAUUGGCAAUCCCUAUGAUGAGUAUUUCGUUCCUGUCAAUGAACACCGAAAAUACAUGAGCAAAACGCGAAAAGGUCGCAACAGCGUCACUUUUGCCGAGAUGAUUGCUACAUCAGGAGUUGACAAUGCCGGACUGUCCAUAACAGCCCCGGAACAGGGUGUAGUGGAAUACCCCGACUGGCUGACGUCACUCGAAAACACACGAGGAGAAAAAUUAUACGUUACGAUGGACAAAAGAAAUAAGAAGAAGCGAAACAAAUGUUUGUGUUGGGGACUCUGUUUGUGCAUCGUCGCUGCGGCUGUUAUCAUCGGCAUCUUAGCUGCAGUUGGUGUAAUUGGUAAUCAAGGACUGCCAGGACAAGAAGUAAGUGCGCGUCAUUUCGGUUCGUCCGGGCCAAAUGAGCCGGAAACUAAAGCCGCUGGGGGAAUUUUUGGACUUCCACGAGAUAUAGUUAAUGGAACGACGAUACCUCCAGAAAUUCGGGUUACUCCAGGUCCCCCUGUUGUUACUGUUUCGAGUAUGUUACCAACUACUGAGACUUCAAUGAUACAAGUUCCUCGGGCGCUAGAAUCGCAAAUAGUAAUAGAUAAUCUUGAGUUUACUCCUGCCUUGGCCGAUAAGAAUAGUACUGAAUUCAAAACUCUUGCUGAGGCCUUAGAGACUGAACUGAAAAAUUCCUUGUUUUCUAGUGAUAUGUUAAAGUAUGGUGCUGCUGAUGUCGAAGUCAAAGUUAUGGAUUUUGCCUCCGGGAGUGUAGUAGUAAAAUAUCGAAUUACCUGGGUUUUUAAAGACGGCAUCCACAAUCCUAAAGAUCCAAUGGACGAAGAAAUGUUGAAAAAGAAAAUGAGAAAUGUAUUAGACAAAAAUAACGGUUUCUUGAGUGAUUACCACAUUUCCGAUAAUACUGUCACCGUUGAUAGAAUUCUCGAUCAAUGCAAAAUUGAUAAUAACGGCUGCGAAUUUAACUGUUCUUUUGAUUACAAAACAGCAAACUUCAUGUGUUUAUGCCCUGACGGAAAAUAUUUAGCCCACGACCAAAAAUCUUGCGUGGCUGAACCAAUGGUUCAACCUGAAGCUGAAUUUGAACAUCAUUACCAUCAUAGCAGUGAACCUUCAGCAGAACCAGAACCAACCUCUGAACCUGAACCAUCUCAUUUUGAUCACCACCAUCACGAUGAACCUUCGACCGAACCAGAACCUACAUCCCAACCUGAACCAGAACCCACGUCAGAACCUGAACCAAUUCACGAACCUUCAUCUGAACCUGAACCUACUAGCAAUCACCAUAACUAUGACAACAUUCCAGAACCAACUUCUGAACCUGAACCUGAACCAGCAUCAGAACCCGAACCUACUCCAAAACCGGAGGAAAUCUCGCACCAAAAUUAUGUCCACUUCCAUGAAGCUGAACCUCAAACUGAACCCACUAGUGAACCUAGUGCGGAACCAGAACCAACCGCAGAACCUAAACCUGAACCAGUUACAACAACAAAAACUGUAGAAGAUAAAACUGAAUCUGUUCUGGUUCAUGAACCUGAAGUAUUUCCUGAACCCACUUCUGAACCAGCUGUGGAGCAUAAAACUGAGUCUGUUCUUGUACAUGAAGCCAAAACCACUUCGGAAACAACUGCGGAACACAAAACUGAGUCAGUCCCUAUUCAUGAACCUGAAGUGGUUCCUGAACCAACUUCGGAACCAGCUGUGGAACAUAAGACUGAAUCACUUCUCGUCCAUGAACCUGAAGCAGUUCCUGAACCUACUUCGGAACCAGCCGUGGAACAAAAAACUGAGUCUGUUCUUGUGCAUGAACCUGAACCUACUUCAGAACCAGCUGUGGAACAUAAAACUGAAUCACUUCUCGUCCAUGAACCUGAAGCAGUUCCUGAACCUACUUCAGAACCAACUGUGGAACAUAAAACUGAACCUGUUCUUGUCCAUGAACCUAAAGUGGUUCCUGAAUCCACUUCGGAACCAACAGUGGAACACAAAACCGAAUCUGUUCUUGUCCAUGAACCUGAAGCAGAACACAAAACUGAAACUGUACUUACUCAUGAACCUGAAGUGGUUCCUGAACCCACUUCGAAACCUGUUGUUGUAACCACUAUGAAACCAAUGGAAACUACGAAAUCGACUGAGAUUAUUGUGGAACCUGCUGCUGAACCCACUUCAGAACCUGUGCCAGAACCUACACCUACCGAGAUAAUUCAUGGUAACAAUGAACCCGUUGCAGAACCUACUCCGGAACCUACUAAUACUGAACACCAAGAUGUGAAAAUAGUACCUCUAGUGGAUAUUACAACAACUAUCCCACCACCAAUAAAUGUCACUUCGAAAACCGAAGUUGUUACCGAAUCUAAUUCCGAAACUACUACUCAAAAUACAAAAAUACUUAUAAGUAACGCCACUUCAAAUGAAACUGAAUCAAAUGAUACAGAAAAUAAAGUUCAAGAACCGGUAACUAGCAGAGAAUACACUUCUGCCAUUACUUCCACAACACCGCAUUUGAAUUUUGUCGAAACUGAAAUAACAACGCAACAAAUGGAAAACACGAACAUAACUGAAUUAUUUACUAGCCGACCAAAUGUGCAAACCUCCGAAACUCCUCUAGUAAAUUCAGUUGAACAAACACUCGAUGUAACAACUACACCAAAAGUUGAAAAUUUUGUUACUACUCAAGUAAAUGAUAAUAUGUUGGUACCCGUUUUGGUAAAUGGUGAAACUCGGUUAUUACACGUCGGAAAUAGCACAACCACUGAAAAUGAAACUCUUCCAGUGCCAAUUACUGUCAAUGAUCAAACAUUAAAUGUAACCACGAAACCAACAGAACUUGAAACUACUCCUCAGUCCAUUGAAGUAACGACAAACGCGACUCAAGUCAAUGUUGCUGUUGUUGAAAGUACCGAAAAUACAAGUGCUAUGGACAACAUGUCGCCUUUCCUUCCGGAAAUCGAUAAUGACACUUUUGUUAACAAAUUGCAUUUAGGCGAACACGUGAUACCACACAUCCAAAAUGAAACGCAAGAAGAUGAAACACUUGAUCCUAGACUUGAUAACGACCAAAUGAAUGUUACAAAUCCUCAAGAAAAUAACCAAAAUGAUACGAUUCUUAAAGUUGUACCUCUAGGAGGUAGCGAAAAUGAAAUUGUUGCAAAAACUACUCUUAGACCUUUAGUUGAAGUUGCAACUACAAUAUCACCAGUAAGUUUUAACGUUACCAAGAACUCGACAGAAACCACGAUUGAAACAAUCAGCACUUUACCCCCUGAAAUUAUUAACAAUGUUCAUAGUAACAAUUAUUUUGAUAACAUUGAAAAAGCCUUGCAGUCAAAUAGUACCGGAUUCAGUACCAGUACCGAAGACUUGAUUGCUUUGGAAACGACGACUAAUGGAGGAAAAAUGGCCGAAAAUCGUAAUAUAGUCCUGGAUAGUGUAACGGAAUCGUCAAACGUUCACAACCAAACAGUCCAGGCUGAAAUUUUGGACACAGUAACCGAAAUGGUCCAUUUUGCGAAAAAUCAUAGUGACACUAAUGUAACAACCAUGACACCUGAAAUGUUACCACAAAACAGUACCCACCACUAUGAAGUAAACGAAGCGUCGUCAGAUGUUACCACAACAGAAAAGUUCUUCGUAACUGCAAAAAGUACCACUGAAAUCCCCAUUGUAUUGAAAUCCGAUGAAGACUUGUCUGUGGUUCCUCUCGACCCAGAAGAAGAAAACGAAGCUUCGAAAGCAACCGAAAAACGCGUUCCGCACGACGCUGCCAAAAGCCUUGAAUCGGAAAGUAGCGACAGUUUGAAUGAUAUCUCAGAAGAACACAACAACGUUGUUAAAUAUCACCACGACUUGAAUCAUGUCUCAGAAACAACGACAAAAACUAACGAUUUUGACAAUAAUACGGAACCAGAAUUGACAAAACAAUCCAUCAACAAAAAGAAUUAUUUCGAUAAAGAGAAGCCCAAGUUCGAGAAAAAGGUCAAACUUGAGAAAGUGAUAACCACCUUCACUAAUGACGAAAUUUUAACAACUUCGGUCCCAAGUGACAAAGAGGCGCAUCCAUUUAGUGACAUCAAACCAGUGACUGAAGAUUUUGAAAUCUCUGGGUUCACCAGGUGCAGCUAUGGGCAAUUCCAUUGUGUUAAUGGUACUUCUAUCAAAGAUGGAAGUUACUGUAUCCCGGAAAAUGACCGUUGCGACUCUGUUGACGAUUGCAGUGACGCUUCCGACGAAAUCGAUUGUGUCAACAACGGGUGUCCUAAUAAUUUCCAAUGCGCCAGUGGUCAGUGUUUGAAGCGACACCUCGUUUGCGACGGCAUCCAGAACUGUAACGACGGUAGCGACGAAACGAUUUGUGAACAUUGGAUUUGCCGAUUCGAUGAAUUUUCUUGCGGUCAGGGCAGCCGUUGCUUGCCAGUGCACUGGAAAUGCGACGGAAGGGCGCAAUGUCCUGACGGGUCAGAUGAGUUUAAUUGUCCGUCAAUGUGCAACGAGCACUCGUUCCAGUGUUUGGAACAAAAUACAUGCGUACCAAAGAGUUGGAAGUGCGACGGAAAGGCCGAUUGCAUGAAUGCGGAAGAUGAAAAAUCUUGCGAAUGUACAAGUGACGAAUUCAAGUGUGCCAUCGGUGGUGGUUGUAUCAAAAAAGACCAAACAUGUGACGGAAUCAAAGAUUGCGCCGAUAACUCAGACGAAUGGAAUUGUCUGCGAUUUGACCACGACAAGAAAUACUUACAAAUCAACGUUAUGAACACGACAUGGUCUCCUGUUUGUUCCGACAACUGGAACCAAACCCAUUCUGAUCUCGUUUGCCGCCAAAUGGGCUAUGGUGGCGCAUCUUCCACAGAAACACUUGAAGCACCCGAAGCAAUGUUUAAGGAAUACUACAAAUUAAUACCACAAGCAGUCGUAAGAUCGCCAAUAUUGUCCCAACUCCAAAAAGUAGAUUCGUGCGAAUUCAUCGUUUCAAUCACUUGCCAAGAAUUCUCUUGCGGUAGUCACUCGAGUGUCGACGUCCAAUCAGCGCGAAUUAUUGGCGGAAACCGAGGAGCUGAUACACAAUGGCCCAGUUUGACUCUUCUCUACAACCAAAAACUGAAUCUCCAAUGCACGGCCACUCUCUUGACUCCAGUUUGGGCUAUGGCUAGUCAUUCUUGUGUUUCUGGUUCUUUGGUUCCAAAUGAUUGGAUUUUGUACGCCGGAAGCACCAACUUUUUCAGUAACUUGGAUAAUUCAACUACACAAGUGGGACAAAUCAAACGAAUUGUCUCGCAUCCACAAGCCAAGUACUCGCAAUUUGAGUUCGCAAAUGACGCUGUUUUGGUCGAACUUAGCAAACCGCUAACAAUGACCAGGAAUGUGAGUGCUAUGUGCUUGCCUGACAAAGAUAUUGAACCAAGACAGUUGUGUGUCAUUGCCGGUUGGGGAGUCAGCAAACCCGGAGAACCGAACAAAAAUCAAUAUUUACACUAUCUUCCCGUCCCAAUAAUUGACUCCGAGGAGUGCAACUCUACCAAACACUACAAUGGUUUAAUGAGCAAAGACAAGAUAUGUGCCGGUUAUACCGAUUCUGAGAAAACCCCAUGUUAUAAUGAUGAAGGGGCCCCCUUGAUGUGCUUCUCAGACAGCAGCGGCACGUGGGAGCUGCAGGGCAUCCUCAGCCAUCACGAUAAUUGUGCAAGAAGUAAACACCCAGCCAUUUACACUUCAAUCAAUGACAAAAUGAGAAGAUGGGUGAUAAAUACAAUAGGACAAAAGCCAUCAAGGAAUGCGUAAUCGUGAUUUUGUAUAGACUCUGUAAUAUAUUAUACACUAGUUUUACGAAAUAAUUUUAUCGCAUAUUUAGCUCAAUGCAGAAGACAACUAACUUCCAUUUUUACUUCACCGCAAAAAUGGAAACUAGUCAGUAAAAUUAACCGAUUUGUAGUAUGUGGUUUAGUUUUAAUUUUAAAUACCGUUACGCGAGUAUUUUGGUACCAUUUUUAAUUAUUGUAAAUAUUGUAUAGUUAAGUUACUCUAUUAUUAUUUUUAUUUUAUUCCUGUUAUCUCAUUUCUUACGUCAUUCUAUUAGUUCGAGGUCCAAAUCCGUCCAAUAAAUUUAGAGAGAAAAAAUACAAGCUGUCUUUUUGUACGUUUUCGCUAGUCACACAUUCUUGUGCCAAGCAUACGUGACGGUAAAGACCAUGUAAAUACAUUUUUUAUUAUGUAGUAACAAACCAAUCUUCGUUAGUGUUGUAGUGUUAAAUUUUAUCUAAAUAAACUAAACAACAAUU